AUGGCGCCGAAGCAGCGGAUGAAUAUCGCGAAUAGUGCAUUUAGUAAAAAUGUUAAUUCUCGUGGCAAUGUGCAAAAAACCUUGAAACCGCAAGAAGAUAAGUAUGCAGCAGCACCUUGGCUUAUUGGAUUAUUUGUAUUCGUUGUUUGUGGCUCAGCUGUAUUUGAAAUAAUCCGUUAUGUAAAGAUGGGAUGGUAG